UAUUGCGUAUUUGAAAGAACUAAAAUAUAAGUUGUCGAGCAAGCAUCAGUGUUAUGAGAAUGUUAGCUUUGAAACUUUUUAUCGUGCUAGGGCUGCCGCUUGUAGGUGUACAUGUACAAGCGGCUUCCGAAGAGCUUCAAGACCGGUUUGCAUAUCAGGCGAAGCUUUUAGACAAGAUGAUUCGCAUGGAAAUGCAGAUGGAGCGAAUGGAGAAAGAACUGAAGGCGACGCAGACGAACGUUCAAACAUUCAUACAGAAUCAGACAAGGAUAUUAGAAAAUAAAACUGCUGAACUGGAGCUGUUGGGAGAAAGAGUUGACCUACCGCUAGUUGCUUUCAACGCUUAUAGUCCAGUCGACACAAGUCCUGAUACACACCAAAUAAUUAUAUGGCAAAACACGCGACUAAACGCGGGAAACGCAUACGACACUGUGAUCGGAAUCUUCAAGGCACCGGUUUCCGGUCUGUAUCUCUUCGCUGUACAUGUAUGUAACUACAGUGGAAAUGUGUUCCAAUAUGCUAUAGUGCUUGAUGGGACCGACAUCGCCACAGCCUACAAAUAUGACAACAACAACUACGAUUGCGGCUCUAUGAGUGUGAUCACUAUGGUCAAUUCUGGACAAAGAGUGUGGGUCAAAUGUACCAGCGGGAGCACUAGUACUUUGAUUUGGGAAAGCACUGGAAGAAGCUCUUUUAUCGGUGCUCUCAUACAUAAAUAACACAGAAAUAGUGUUUGCAAGGUCACUCUGCUGAGAACCAUUUAAGACGACUAUAUGCUUGACUGGUUAUAGCCAAAUAUGUUACCGUUAUAUAAAUUCAUCAUCAUUAUUAUUAUUCUGGAUAAGAUUGAUGGCGUUCUGAAUACCAGAACGAACAGAUAUUUCUUUUCAGAUUAUUUACCUUUGAAUUUGAUUUUUUUUUUGCCAUGUAGUUAUCCAAUACAUUAUUUGUACUUGUUAACUAGAUCCUCAUUCUAUUAGGUUAUGGACAUUUUAUCGUUUUUAUUAAACCUUUUCAUCAGUCCUCCAUAUGCAACUUUGUCAUCUUAAAAAUAAAAGAGCUGUUUCAUCUUGAA